AUUCAAGUUGUUUGCUUAUUUUUAAUUGGGUUAUGUGCAUUAUUUAUAAUUCAUUCUUUUGGUCAUUCAUUUGAGCACUUCUUACAUUCCAGGCCCUGUGAAGCACUGAGGAUAAAACAGUGAACACAUUAGUUGCCAAAGAUGAAAGGUCAAAAGAAUUAUAUAUUUUUUAAAUCUUUGUUUCCUGACUUCUCUUAUGAAAUCGGAUCUGGCAGCCGAUCCGGGCCUGAAUUUUCACAGGCCCAUUCUCUGUGGACAGCUUUAGGUGGGGCUGUACCUUGUCUCCAGUUCCCUCCCAGCUCCUGCCUGGCUGACUCACUCCCACCUGGCGUUUUAUAGUACCCAGUGCGCGUCGCUAAAGGCUUACUCUAGUUGUUUGAGUUGGUAGCAGCUGGGACUCCUGGCGGUCCUGCUCCAACUCCUUAAACUUUCCACAAACAAGCAAACAACUUUUCCUGAAACCAAAUCUCUUUAUUGUCUUUUUCAGGUUUAAAUGGGGGUAUCUGCCACUUUGUUUAAGAGUAGAAAAAGAAGAGGCCACCCUUCUUGACCAAGGCGCUUGGGUGGGUCUGAGGAAGGAGGGAAGUAGAAUCAGUGGUGUUUGCACUCGGUCUUUCCAAACGAUGCGUGGUUCUUAAGUUUAUGAGCAAAUUGCAUUGGUAUGUGUUUCUAGAACCCUUCAAUCCUCUGAAGGAGCAAUCUGUUUCCACCACAACCCUGCCCUACGCAGUCCCAGUUUCUUGGGUUCAAUUAGUAAACAAUUGUGGAAAAAUAAAAUUGAGAUUAGACAAUCUCUGUUGAUCAGAUAGGGACUAAAUCCAGAGCCUAAAGAAGAGAAUUACCCAUCCUAUCCUUUCUCCCUGGCUUGGGCAGGCAAGGCUGUAAUGCUGGGGCAGUGGUACUGAACUCUCCACUUCAGGCUCAGCUAUUUACCAGCUGGGCGGCCCACUUUGCCUCUCUGCACUUCAGUUUCCUUACCUGUACAAUGAGAGUUCAUCAUUCCCACCUGUAUUUUUCAGAAUUGGCUUAGCGUGUAUCACAAAAAUCCCCUCUCACCGUGGUUUUAGGAGAUGGGAGUUUCUUCUUCUGGGAGAUGGCCAGUCUGUGGCCGGCAUGGUAGAGCCUGCUGUCAGACUCCAGGCCCUUCUGUCUGUUGCUCUGUGGUGCCCAAGCUCACCAUGUGGUCCAAGAGAACUGUCAUGGGCAGCAUUACAGCCAGUGGGAAAGAAAAAAAGAUGUGCUUCUCUUUAAGGGUUCUUCUCAGAACCUGCACUCACGACCUCUCCUUAAGUCCCCUUGGCCAGAAUUUUAUUCUUGGACCAGACCACCUGCUGGGGAAGCUUGGAAAUGUGGUCUCUAUUCCACCUGGCCAUAGCCAGGUGAACAUCCGAGGGUGUAUUAUUAAGGGAGAAGGGGCUACUGGGGGUCUGUCUCAUACCAUCUAUCAGAGCCACCAUGAAGAUAAAGGAGAUAAUACACAGGGCAAUUGAACUGCAUUUGGCGGGGGGGCACAUUAAUCAACCUGUUGAUUUGCCAACUAGACACUCCAAGAAGCCACUGAAAACCAUGGUGAAUGUGUAGAAAACCAGAUUCCAAACAAAAUAGGACUCCGGGUCAUUUUGAGAAGAAGAGGGUCCGUGUUGUCAGGCAGAUCCCCCCGCUCCCCACCUUUAAUGAUCUGUUGACAAUGUGACCAUUAAACUGGCUGAGAUCUGUAUUUCUCUGCCUUCUAAUCCAGAUGCUGGGCUGUUGGGAAGCGGCCUGCCAGGCUUUCAAGGGCAGUGGUAAGCCACUGAACGCAAAAAAUGUAUAUAGUUAGGAUUCACCAGUUGUAAGCAAUGGAAACCGAACUCGGACUGGCUUAAAUUUGUUUGUUUGUUCAUAUUUUAGAUUACAUAUAUAAGUGAGAUCAUGCAGUAUUAAUCUUUCUGUGUCUGGCUUAUUCCCCUUAAGCAUAAUGUCCUUUAGGUUCAUCCAUGUUGUUGCAAAUGGAGUUCAGCUUUCCCCUCCCCGACCCCCAGACUGGCUUAAAUUGAAAGAGGGAAUUUAUUGACUGUUGACAGUGAAAAGUCCAGAGGGUUUUGGCACCAAGGCUCCAGGCCCCUGGCACUGAGUGGAAACUGGGGAGUAGGUUGGGGAAAAGAACCUUCUCUCUGAUUAACGACAGGAAGUCAGCCUCCAGCUCUGGAGAGAUGGAUCGCACCGCCACCCUGCCCAUUGGAGGCCUCAGCCAUGUCCAGGGCCACAGCACGUUGCACCUCAUUAACAAGACUGUGGGGCAAUGCCUGAAUGCCACAGCGCAGAGGGUCCCGGACCGAGAGGCCUUGGUUGUCCACCACGAAAACAUCAGGUUGACCUUUGCCCAGCUCAAGGAGGAGGUGGACAAAGCUGCUUCUGGGCUCCUGAGUACUGGCCUCCGCAAGGGUGACCGUCUGGGCAUGUGGGGACCCAACUCUUACGCAUGGGUACUCAUGCAGCUGGCCACGGCCCAGGCAGGCAUCAUUCUGGUGUCUGUGAACCCAGCCUACCAGGCUAUGGAGGUGGAGUAUGCCCUCAAGAAGGUGGGCUGCAAAGCCCUCGUGUUCCCCAGGCAAUUCAAGACCCAGCAUUACUACAACAUCCUGAAGCAGAUCUGUCCAGAGGUGGAGAAGGCCCAGCCGGGGCACUUGAAGAGUCAGAGGCUCCCAGAGCUGACCACAGUCAUCUCGGCGGACGCCACUCUGCCAGGGACGCUGCUUCUGGAUGAGGUGGUGGCAGCUGGCAGUCAAGAGCAGAAUCUGGCCCGGCUCCGGCACACCCAGCAGCUCCUAUCCUGCCAUGACCCCAUCAACAUCCAGUUCACCUCGGGGACAACCGGCAGCCCCAAGGGGGCCACGCUCUCCCACUACAACAUUGUCAACAACUCCAACAUGAUAGGAAAGCGCCUGAGACUGCACCAGAAGCCACCAGACAAGUCACGGGUGGUCCUGCCCAGCCCCCUGUACCACUGCCUGGGUUCCGUGGGAGGCACAAUGGUGAGCUUGAUGCACGGGGUCACCCUCAUCCUGUCCUCUCCGGUCUUUGAUGGCAAGAAGGCGCUGGAGGCCAUCAGCAGAGAGAGAGGCUCCUUGCUGUACGGAACUCCCACAAUGUUCGUGGACAUUCUGAACCAGCCAGACUUCUCAAGUUAUGACAUCUCAGCCAUGUGUGGAGGUGUGAUCGGUGGGUCCCCUGCAUCCUCAGAGCUGAUCCGAGCCAUCAUCAACAAGCUGAACAUGAAGGAACUGGUGGUGGUUUAUGGAGCCACAGAGAACAGUCCCGUGACCUUCAUGAACUUCACCGAGGACACUGUGGAGCAGAAGACGGAAAGUGUGGGCAGAAUCAUGCCUCACACAGAGGCCCAGAUCGUGAACGUGGAGACGGGGACACUGGCAGAGCUGAACACACCUGGAGAGCUGUGCAUCCGAGGGUACUGCGUCAUGCUGGGCUACUGGGGUGAGCCCUGGAAGACCGAGGAAGCAACUGGACAGGACAAGUGGUACCGGACAGGAGACAUUGCCAUGAUGGACGAGCAGGGCUUCUGCAAGAUUCUGGGCCGCUCCAAGGAUAUGAUCAUCCGCGGUGGUGAGAACAUCUAUCCCGCUGAGCUCGAGAACUUCCUUCACACACACCCACAGGUGCAGGAAGUGCAGGUGGUAGGAGUGAAGGAUGAGCGGAUGGGGGAGGAAAUCUGUGCCUGCAUUCAGCUCAAGAAAGGGGAGAAGACCACAGCGGAGGAGAUCAAGGCUUUCUGCAAAGGGAAGAUCUCCCACUUCAAGAUUCCCCGAUACAUCGUGUUUGUCACAAACUACCCCCUCACCGUCUCAGGAAAGGUCCAGAAAUUCAAACUAAGAGAGCAGAUGGAACACCAUCUAAACCUGUGAAUAAAGGAGUGGGGAGGAUCCUUCCUCCCUGCCCUUCCCCCACAUUCCCCUCAUCGGCUCUGCGAUUUGGCAUAAAGAGCUUCUCUGUUUACUUUG